AUGGCCGUGCAGCGCACGCUCCGAAUUUUGCAGCUGGUCACGCGAGCUUCUGGUGCUACUGGCGGCACGUGCAGUGGGCCAACUGUCCCACCUCCCUGUCCGCCUUGUACACCGCAUCGUCCGCCGCCUUGUCGGUCUCAAGAGCAGAGGCCACCGCAAGGUGUGCGCAUCGUUUGCUGUCCGCCACGCCCUCCGAAGCCGCUGCCCUGCCCUCCCGCCAGCUGUACACUAACGUGCAGUGAUGUUUCACGACAGAAAAACAACUGCCUUCAGACUGACGAAUCUCUUAACAAAUCGUGUGGCAUUGACUACGUGGCCUGGAGACUCGCGUGUGCCAAGCGAACACGACAAUUAGACUACGAACGUGAGGUGUCUGCUAGCAAGAAGGACCGCUCCAAGUGUUAUAAGCCACCGCCCGCUCCCUACACGCUGGGCGGUGAGCGAGAGCUGGCCCGCGCUACGGAUGGCAACCUUUACGCCAUUACGCGACCGAUCGGUCCUCAGGCACACUGUUCCAGCACCGAGGAACCGCCUUCACCGCGUCGUGUUUCGCUGGCGGAGUCGAAUCGCAACUGCCACAUCGGAAGUGAUAAUCUAGAUCCAUGUGCACAUCAACCACGUGUCUUCCUCGAAAUUGAUCGAUGUUCCAAAGAGACUUCUCAUGAAGAUGGGUCAGGUACAUCGAAUACGUGCGUGGAUAAACCACACGGCGGAGGAACAGGCAGUGGCGCUGGUGGCAUCGGUGAUAUCGGUUGGUGUAAAAGCCCGCCAUCGUUUCCCGGAGCGCCAAAGCGAUGCCGACCACUCACCAUAGUUGAACGACUUCGAGCGCGUCCAUCACGUCUAGCGACUCGCGACCCGCACAAGGACGGUACUCGCCGCCUUCAUACGUCCGUCAUCGCAACGAGCACUGCUGGUGGGUUGCAAGAACUACUAAAAUCUAAGGAGCGACUGAAAGAGGGGGGACAAGGUCGAGUCGUAAUGAGAAAUUGUUCCCCUCAGCAAAAGCGACCGAAACCUCCCGACGGUCAUCUCGACUUGUGCGUCCAACCUUGCACGAGCAGGGUACGGGUGCACGUGUACCUAGACGGCGGCGACUGCAACAUAUGCGAUAAACCGAAGGACAGAACCUCAAAUCAGAAACCCCAUGCCGUGUGUCAAACCAACAAUUUUACAUCGCAAUGCAAAGGCAGUGAAUCUUGGUUAUCGAUGAAAAAAAUACAAAAAACGUUAGCGGGAAAGCCUGACUCGAAAGUGUCUUCGUCUCCAAAAGAGAAGCCACCGCCAUCCACGCCAGCUUGCCCACGCCCUAGUUGCCCGGAGUGUGCCCCUGGCUCAUCCAACUCCAAGGCUCACCUGCCCCGCGGCCCUCAUACACGAGGAAUUUCUUGA